AUGCCUCGAGCUUGGAAUGAGUCUAGACAUCUUCGGUGCAUAGCGUUUCCGAAUCACAUGCAGCAAUUUCACAAGAGUAGACAAAACUUUGCCGACAGUCGGCGGCGAUCCAAACAAGCUCUGCUCCCUGUGGCGCAACUCGGACACAAUCGAUACCGGUCUGAUGAGGAGCUGAUGAUAUCCAUUGCUGGUUUUCAGGCGACAACUGCAAUUUUUUGA